CUCUAAAUUUACUGCAAAUGGGAAUAUAGCACUGAGUAAUCAUGUCCACAAGUCAAAGAAGGAAUCUAGCAAGUUCAUGUUGAGGUAUAAUCUCAAGACAAGACACAGUGGCUCAUUCACUUUUCUGGAUAACAUAAUCCAUGGAUAAAGUGGGAAAGAUGUGGAACAAUUUCAAAUACAGGUGCCAGAAUCUCUUUAGUCAUGAGGGUGGAAGCCAAAAUGAGAGUAUAGUUGUGAACGCCAAUAAUUGCUCAUCUGGUAAAGAGAAGGCCAUCCAGAUAACUGACUUGACUCAACAGCAACCCAGCAGCCCUUUGAGAGAAAACCUUGGUCUGCAGUUAGGCUUAAGUCCUUCAAAGAAUUCAGCAAGGCGGAGCCAAAACUGUGUCACAGAAAUUCCUCAGAUUGUUGAAAUAAGCAUUGAGAAAGAGAAUGACUCGUGUGUCACCACGGGAGCCAGGCUUGCUCGAAGGGACUCUUAUUCUCGACAUGCUCCUUGGGGUGGGAAGAAGAAGCAUUCCUGCUCUACCAAAACACAGAGCUCCUUGGAUACUGAGAAAAGAUUUGGUAGAACACGAAGUGGUUUGCAGAGGAGGGAGAGAAGGUACGGGGUGAGCUCAGUCCAUGACAUGGAUGCAGUAUCCAGCAGGACAGUAGGUAGCCGUUCCCUGCGCCAACGUCUCCAAGAUACUGUUGGGCUGUGUUUUCCCAUGAGAACUUACAGCAAACAGUCCAAACCUCUGUUUUCUAACAAAAGAAAAAUCCAUCUCUCUGAACUAAUGCUUGAGAAAUGCCCUUUUCCUGCAGGCUCUGAUCUGGCCCAGAAAUGGCAUCUGAUUAAACAACACACAGCGCCUGUGAGCCCUCAUUCAGCUUUCUUUGACACAUUUGAUCCCUCCUUGGUUUCCACAGAAGAUGAAGAAGACCGGCUCAGAGAGAGACGUAGACUUAGUAUUGAAGAAGGGGUUGAUCCCCCUCCCAAUGCCCAAAUACACACUUUUGAAGCUACAGCACAGGUAAAUCCAUUGUAUAAAUUGGGACCAAAGUUAGCCCCUGGUAUGACUGAGCUGACCGGGGACAAAACCAUAGCACCUCCAGGGAACUGUGACUCCGAAGAGGACACAACAACGCUUUGCCUGCAGUCGCGCCGGCAGAAGCAGCGUCAGAUGUCAGGAGAGAGCCACGGCCAUAUCAGCAGGCAGGGGGCUUGGAAAGUGCAUACUCAGAUCGAUUACAUCCAUUGCCUCGUGCCAGACUUGCUCCAGAUCACGGGUAACCCAUGCUACUGGGGCGUCAUGGACCGCUAUGAAGCAGAAGCACUUCUGGAGGGUAAACCCGAAGGCACUUUUUUGCUCAGGGAUUCUGCGCAGGAGGACUACCUCUUCUCGGUGAGCUUCCGCCGCUACAACCGCUCGCUGCACGCACGCAUUGAGCAGUGGAACCACAACUUCAGCUUUGAUGCCCAUGACCCCUGUGUGUUCCACUCCUCCACCGUCACAGGGCUUCUGGAACACUACAAAGACCCCAGCUCUUGCAUGUUCUUUGAACCAUUGCUUACUGUAUCUCUGAACAGGACCUUCCCUUUUAGUCUGCAGUAUAUCUGCCGGGCAGUAAUCUGCAGGUGCACUACAUACGAUGGAAUCGAUGACCUUCCUCUACCCUCAAUGUUGCAAGACUUUCUAAAGGAGUAUCACUAUAAACAAAAAGUCAGGGUGCGAUGGCUGGAGCGGGAACCUAUAAAAACAAAGUAAAUGGAAAUCAAAAUAAGCUUCUGGAACGUGCUUUUUUUUUUGUGUAUUCCAGUUUAACUGCAGCAAGCGCACUGACGACAUCUAGCUUUUCUGCAAUAUCCUAUUUAAGCUGAGUGUUAGUAU